GGCGACAUGGUACCAAAGACCAUAGCAGGGAAGAUUUUUGGAUCCAUUUGUUCACUGAGCGGAGUCUUGGUCAUUGCGCUGCCUGUGCCUGUGAUUGUGUCGAACUUCAGUCGGAUCUACCACCAGAACCAACGAGCAGACAAACGAAGGGCGCAGAAGAAAGCAAGGCUGGCCAGGAUCCGGGCAGCCAAAAGUGGAAGUGCAAACGCCUACAUGCAGAGCAAGCGGAACGGGCUACUCAGCAACCAGCUGCAGUCCUCAGAGGAUGAGCCGGCCUUUGUCAGCAAAUCUGGAUCCAGCUUCGAGACACAACACCACCAUCUGCUUCACUGCCUGGAGAAGACCACGAACCAUGAGUUUGUGGAUGAGCAAGUCUUUGAAGAAAGCUGCACGGAAGUGGCCACGGUUAAUCGCCCUUCAAGUCACAGCCCUUCCAUCUCUUCACAACAAGGAGUCACGAGCACUUGCUGCUCACGGAGACACAAAAAAACUUUCCGCAUCCCUAACGCCAAUGUGUCGGGGAGUCAUAGAGGCAGUGUGCAAGAACUCAGUACAAUUCAGAUCAGAUGUGUGGAGAGAAAUCCACUGUCCAACAGCCGCUCCAGCUUAAAUGCCAAAAUGGAGGAGUGUGUUAAACUAAACUGUGAACAACCGUACGUGACCACAGCAAUAAUAAGCAUCCCAACCCCUCCUGUGACCACACCAGAGGGCGACGACAGGCCUGAGUCUCCUGAGUAUUCAGGAGGAAAUGUCGUUAGGGUGUCUGCUUUGUAAGACAAUUGCCACGAGCCUAAGAGAAUUUGAGUCCUGACCAUGAAAAGAAGUUGAAGAAAG